UCCCUCCCUCCCUCCCCUCUCCCUGCCCCGCCCCCCCGUCGUCUCUCGCUUUCUCCUCUUCUUCUUCUCGUGAUCGUCUCCAUUCCCCUGCUCCGGAUAGGCGCAGCUGAGAUGUGACGAUCCCUUGUUUCCCACCGUCUCCUUCCGUGUUUAAGCCUCCGCCUGUUCUUGUUCUAGCUGCUCUCAGCGAGUUGUGGCGCGGCGACCCUCCAAACGCUCGCCGCCGGCGUCACGAGUCGCAGUCCGGCCGGCCCGUUCGCGGGGCGCAGGACCAGGUGGGUGCUUUGCGGUAUUCUCUGGAGCACUCUCGAGCAAGCAGUAGGUACUUUAGAGAUGCAGUCAUCUGUGAUGGCAUUCUUCCCUAACAUUGCCACAGCAAAGCUGGAGCUGCAUUCCCUGUACAGGAAAUAUGUAAAUAUGUUUGGUAUAUCAUCAAACAAUUCUAUGGUUGGCUGCCAUGUUAACCGCAAAAUGUCGCACCUCCCUGUCAUGUUGAUAGACCGUACAUUUUUCAGUACUGGUACCGCAAUUCGGAGUAUUGCCAUUAGCUAUCGAACUCUCAUUCUCAGGUGGUUACUAACCAAAACCUAUGUAGUAAAGCGCACAUUGAUGUCCCGUGCCAUGAUAUCACUAUCUUGUUGGUGUGGCUCCCUGCCAUUCUUCGUCAGCAUUGGUUUUCUGAUGUCCAGGCUCUAUAGCUACAUUAUGAUUGACAACCAUUUUUAUGGCCGGCAAUUCAUCCUUGACCAUAGUGCUAACCUUCAGGGAGAAUCGGCCAUGGGCAUGGAGAAUAGUGAACUGUGCAAUGAACAACCCUUCUUGUCAAGUUUGCUUGUGCAGAAGCGAGACACUGUCCGCCUUGCGCUUCAAUGUAUUUGUUACCCUGCCAGUCUGAAGGCUGUUGAUGUAGCGCAAAAGAAGCUCGGCUUCAGCAGUCUGAGUGUACGGAGUGGUCACGCCACGAGUGCAUUUUGGAGGAUCAUGGCAAGGAAUGAGCAAUAUCUGGCAUACAUGAUGGUGCUUGUGGCGUUGCAAUUCGUCCUAUGGCUUACCAGAGUGAACGUCACCACAUUGUUCUUGCCGAUGCUGUCGCGAACCACAAGUUCCAGGAGCAGCGCGGCGGUGCUCGGUAAAAUCGUGCUGAUUUUGAUGAAUUCCUGCGGCAUUCUUGGAUCUGCCCUUGCAACAAAACAGUAUGGCAGGGAGGUGACUUUCACCAUCAGUGCCAUUCUGAUGGUGUUUUGCCAGGUCGCAAUUCCAUUGGUCCUGGAAGUUCAGGUCGGAGUAGGCGGUGGAACUCGCAUGCCGACGGGUUACACGACCGCCAUGUUCGCUCUGACAUGCGUCGUGUCCUUCGGCCUCAGCUGGUCAUGGGGUUCAUUCUUCUGGACCAUCCCUGGAAAGAAGGUUCACUCGGCGGGACAGGUUUUGACCAUGGCUCUGAACUUGGGCGUCUGCUUCGCCCAGAUGCAGUACUUCCUGCUGAUCCUUUGCAGGCUGAAGAACGCCAUCCUUGCAUACUAUGCAAUUUGGAUCUGGUCAUGAUUGAAGUUCAGAUGAGGAGAGAUGGCUAGAUGAGUGUAUGUUAGCUCAGGUUGAUUGAGAAUCUAGUUUGGUGGAUGUAAAUAUGCUCUUUUCCCUUUCUUUUUUUCUUGGCCUUUUUUUUGUACAGUUUGCUCGAUGUUUUGAUGUUAUUUCUCUAGGGUUCUGCACUAUGGCAACGAGGCAUGUUAUGCUAGUUACUCUUCUCCUAUCCGGAAAUGUCGCUGCUAUUUGUCAGUCAGUUCAUUUUCAGCU